ACUACACUUCCCGUGGUGCCCGCGGGGCAGCUGGGCCCAGCUCUCGGAGGCAGCGGCAGCAGCGUGGGUUCGCCAUGCCGAAGGCGAAAGGGAAGAGCCGGCGGCAGAAGUACUGCUACAACCUCAACCGCAAGCGUCUGUACCGCAGUGCCCGCCGCCGCGCUGCUCCGCGCAUCGCCUGCUCGCACAUCCGCCAUGCCUGGGACCCGACCAAGUCGGUGGCUCAGAACCUGGCCGAGAUGGGCCUGGCCGAGGAUCCCAACAAGGCCGUCCCCAUCCCUAAGAAGCUGUUAAGGAUGGAAGUGGAAAGUGAUGGAGAGGAGCAAGGAAAGAAAAUAGUGCGGAAGCCCUACGUGGUGAACGAGAUGGAAUAUGAGGCCAGUCUCCCUGAGAAGAAGUCAAACACGCUCUCACGAGACCUCAUUGACUAUGUGCGGUACAUGAUACAGAAUCACGGGGAAAACUACAAGGAAAUGGCUCGAGAUGAGAAGAACUACUACCAGGAUACCCCCAAGCAGAUUAAGAGAAAAAUCAAUGUAUACAAGAAUUUCUAUCCUGAGGAAUACAAGGAUUUCAUUGCAUCACUCAAGCCAGAAAAGAUGGUUGUGCAGUGACUGCCCUUUUUCUUGGAUUUGACUGUUAAGCGUAGGCUUGAUGUGGCCAUUUCCUGAACCAUGUGGGGACUGACAAGCUGUGCCUGCAAGCUCAGCUGUGUAAAGCCUCUGCUGAUGGAGCAAGGACCUUCAUUAGGCAGAGACAGUUAUAACCAGGCAUGAAAGACUCUUGGCUGUGGCUUGUAGAAUUUGGACUGUGUUGUGCCGACUGCCACACAAAGGUAGCAGCACUUCUUUUGCCUUUUUGAAAUAAAUUGCUCUUUCAGGCUGGUAUGAA